GGUUUACUCAUCCUUGCCACCAAAUUUGACGUCUAAAGCUUAGAUCUACGUCAGCACCUGCAGGAACCUGGAUAUUCCUAGCAAGUACUAUAAAGGGCUUCGUUUGAGGUGCUCAGUAGAGUAAAUUGGCUUGAAUGGACGACAGCGAAAAGAUACGCCAAAAACGUUUGGCAAAACUUGCAGCGUCCGCAUCAUCGCCAACGGCUAGUAGUAGCACGGAUACAAACGCUUCUCAAGAAGAACGAGGUUUCCUGCCUCAGCAGUCCGAACAUGUGCCGAUAAAGCUGGACAGAGGUCCAGAGGUGAACGCGGUUACAACGCCACCAAAGAAGUCUCCUACAUCUCCUGCAGCGUCACGUUUGCGUAUCGUGGAAAGUUUCCUGCAGCAAGCUGAUGAUGAUUGGCAGAAUGAGGCUUUUGAACAGAUUUUUGAAUGCACUCUUAAUCCGGACGAAAGAAAGGUCCUUACCGCCCUCCCCGACCUGGUGGAGGAAUUCAAUGCCGAAAGCAUUCCGUUGAAAUUUACAACAGCGCAGCUAGAGCGUGUGUUGUAUGCACGCCUUUCUCUUGAGCAAAAUGCUUCAGCGAGCUCACCUCCUUUGUUCGAUUACCUCGUCGAAACAUGGAAGCGAAUACAGCGCGUCAGAAGUCACAUCAGCUCAGUUGUCGAGAAAGGCAGUUCCAAUCCAUCUGUAGGAGAGGUUGCGCGACGCCGCCUGGAAUUUUUGGAUACCGCUCAGAGACUGGUUGUUAGUUACAGUGGUCUGGUCAUCAAUCCGGAGAUGGCAGGAAGUUUCCCUCAACCACCCAGCACUGCAGAGCUUGGACCUUCUUAUAUCGCGAAGAAGUUACUCCUGACCGCAGACGAAGUAGAAAGCGCUCUUCCCCGAGCCUUUUUGGAGGAUUUUGUCAAUCAUUUCAGCGGAGAAGGUCUAGAUGAGAUGAUGGGCUACGUGGUUACGAGUUUAGCGGCGAAUAUGCGGGAACAGAGCCUGAUCAAGGAUUACCAAGCGCCGUUGCGUGCUCUGGGGAUGCUAGUCUCAUUCAAGCCAAUCGCCGCUGUGGUGCCCAUGCUAAAGAAUUGGAACCCUGAGACGACAGCAAAGACCAUUGAAAUACUGACAAUUCUGGGGCCCUUCUUAAGUAAAAUUAGCAGCUUUCCUGACGCGGACCCCGCACUGGCGGAUCACUAUUUCGGUAGUUCAAACGCUUUUGCGGAGGGUGGUGCUAGUUUGGACGGAUUUUAUAUUGGGUCACGAAAUCCAGGGGACGUCAGAUCUUCUAUGGAAUCGUUGCGAAACAUCACUGCUCUUGCACAAUCCAAUCUGUACAACAUUACCAUGAACAUUAUCAAAGCUGGGCCGGAUUCAAGAGAGAGGGUGCUGCAAUAUCUCUCCAGUGCGAUUGCGGUCAAUAAGCGACGGGGCCGCAUGCAGGUUAAUAUGCGCGAUGUUUCUACGGAUGGCUUCAUGUACAACCUGUUGCAAGUUGCAUUGAAGCUUUCUGAUCCAAUUAUUGAUGCCAAAUACUCGAAGCUGCAUCUCAUAGACCCUGAUUAUUUUAAUCAUUCAAAACGUUUGGAUGUAACGGAAGAUACACGGAUAAAUGCCGAUAAAGAAACCUGUGAACGAUACGUUAAGCAGUGGCAUGAGACUCACCCCAACCCUGAGCCGACGAAUUUCGUGUCGGACAUCUUCUACUUAACUCUGGGACUGCAUCACUACGGAUUGAUGAGUAUAAUCCGACAAUAUACAACGCUGAUCAAACAGACGCAAGAGCUAGCGAAACAUGUAGAAAAAAUGAAAGCGGAGCGAGACAGCGGGGCGUGGCCAGGACCAGCGCGAAUGUUGAAUGAAGAGAUGUUGAAGCGAUUCCAGAAACAAUUGGAUAAACUCAUCGGGUACAAGCUUGCGAUGGACACGGCCCUGAGGAAUCGUGUGGCUAUUGAGCACUCGUUGCGCUUUUAUGACCUCGUAAUGAUGUGGCUCCUCCGCUCCACGGUCAUUGGGAGCCCUCAAGUGCACUAUCCGUUAACAACCAAAGCUGGUGACUCUGUCGACUGGGGUCGGGUAGCUAGAGGAGAUCUCAUGGGAUUACCUCUGCUUGGGCUGUCCGGCGAUGCUCCGCUGAGCUUUGGCACGCUUCCAGAAUGGAUCAUUGAAGACAUAUGCGAAUUUUAUCUUUUUAUUGUCCGAUAUGACGCACCUAUUUUUGAGCGCAAUCCAAGGGACGAGUUUCUCACAUUCACAAUGAUCUUCCUUGCGAACCCGCAGCUUAUCAAAAAUCCUCACUUGAAAAGCAAAUUCGUAGAGAUCCUUUUCACCUUCACAUGGCCUCUUUGGCGUACAGAGUCUGGUCAAACUGGGGGCAAGUUGGAUGACGUAUUUUCAACUCACCCCUUGGCGAAAGAGCUGCUGGUACCCAAUUUAAUGAGGUUUUAUGUAGACGUCGAGCAUACUGGAGUAUCUAGUCAGUUUUAUGACAAAUUCAAUAUCCGGUACAACAUAUCCCAGAUCUUGAAGUCUGUAUGGGCCGACGCUGGGCAUCGUAGUAAAAUGGUGUCUCAAAGCCGGAAUACAGAAUUUUUCGUGCGAUUUGUCGCGUUGUUGAUGAAUGACACGACCUAUCUCUUAGAUGAAUCGCUCUCUAAGCUAAAGCAGAUUCAACAGCUACAGAUAGAAUUGGCUGAUCCGCUGUCGCCCGCUGCAUCUAGAGAAGACCUGCAACGACGGGAAGAGCGAUCUGGCUUUUUGCGUCAGUUGGAAGGGCAAGCUCAUUCAUACAUGUCAUUGGGGAAUGAGACGGUGCACAUGCUGCAGUAUAUGACGGCCAAUUCUGAGAUUGUCCAGCCCUUCAUGGAACCAGAGAUCGUUGAGAGGCUAGCGGCCAUGUUGGAUUUCAAUCUAGCCGCGUUAGUGGGGCCUCGAUGCACAGAACUCAAGGUCAAAAACCCGGAGAAAUAUCGCUUCGAGCCCAAGCGGCUGCUAAGAGAACUCGUGGAUAUCUAUCUUCAUCUUGCUCAUCGACAGGAAUUUAUCAGCGCGGUAGCUAAGGAUGAACGUUCAUAUCGUAAGGAUCUGUUCUCUCGGGCGGCGGGAAUUCUACUAAAAAAUAUGCUCAAGAACGAGAGCGAACUUAGCAAGUUGCAACAGUUCAUUGACCGUGUGGAAGCAACGAUUCAAAGCUCUCAGGCGGAAGAAGAGGAAUUGGGUGACGUCCCGGAAGAAUUUCUCGACCCCUUGUUGUAUACACUUAUGGAAGAUCCUGUGAUUCUCCCUGGAAGUGGAAUAUCAAUUGACAGGUCCACCAUCAAGUCACAUCUGCUCUCCGAUGCACAUGAUCCCUUCAAUCGACAGCCGUUGAGCAUCGAGCAGGUCAUACCCAGUAAGUGCCAUGCAGAUGCGGUACGCCGCAGUGAUCUGACAUAUUAUUAUUUACUCCAUCUGCUACAAGACGAUGAGCUAAAAAUGAGGAUACAAGAAUGGAAGGGAGAACGGAGACGUGACGUGGGCAGAGUACAGCCAAUGGAUACGAGCUAGAGGGUGGCGUUGAAGCCAUCCUUUGUUACAACAUUCUUAUGUAGUUUUGGGCUUUCAUAUGUUCUUGCAUUGAAAUCCAUUAUGUUUGUUUCACAGCAGCAUUGGACAGGCUCGAUGCUGGUAGCACAACUCCACUUGCCUCGCCGAAUCCUAUUUUAACACGUUUCCCACUAUGCUCACUUAUACAAUACCCGCGCAGAAUAAUCUCAUC